AUGCCGAAGAGGAAAAGGUCACCUACUCCCGAACCCGAUAUUUGUGAACCUGAUGAAGAUAUCGCAGAUAACGAUGAAGAACUGCUAGAAGAACCGAACAGUGAGGCGGAACUUGAGGAUUAUCAAUCUGAUAUUUUAUCUGACAGCGAUGACGACGAUGUUUUGUAUACCGUCAACGAUGAACCAUAUCUGACAAAAGACGGGAUUACGCAGGGACUGGGGGGUUCCGCAAAACGCAACAAAAGGGAGAUUCCGCCACAGUUUCUGCCUCACAGGGAAAGGGAGCAGUAUUCUAGCCGCCUUGGAUUUACAAAAGAUUUGACUCUGGUGUCCUAUGUGCCGAAAAAAGGAAAAGCCGUAAUGCUGCUGAGCAGUUUUCACCAUUCAGACGCAACAGCAGAAACUGCAGAGCAAAAGCCCGAAAUUAUACUGACGUAUAACGCAACGAAAGCCGGCGUUGAUACUGUUGAUCAGCUUGUUCAAUAUUACACCGUAAAAAGAAUCACCAGACGAUGGCCAAUGAGUGCUUACUACAACAUUAUCGACAUCUCAGCCAUCAACGCUUUCGUCGUGUAUUCAGAAAUGCCACAAUUUGCCAAAUCACCACGCAGGGAAUUUUUGAAGACUUUGGCGUAUUCCCUUGUUCGCGAAAAAGCACAGCGUAUUCCCUUGUUCGCGAGGGCGCACAAACAGGAAAAAGGUCACAACCGAGGGCGCACAGCGUUAGAGCGGCCCCACCCCUGGAAGAAAGAGGAGUGGUGGGCGGGAAGAAAAUUUUAG